GUCCGAUGGUGACUCAAGUCUGGUGCUGGUGGGACGCAGCCUGGCACCAUCUCACGGGGGAACACUUGCCAUGGGAUGUUCGUACCCUUCUGCUGGGAGGUCCCCCAGAGGGGGAAGUGGACUGGACACCUUUUAUGACAAACCUGUUCAGAUACUCCAGACUAACGGUGCUGAUGGCGGCCUGGAGGAUGUGAUAUGGGCCACAGGAGGCUAUUACCAGCAGACGAGCCACGGGAUGGGGAUGGGGCUGGCGAGUGCGUUGAGGAGUAACGAGGACGUUGCGGACGCCCUCAUCAAGGAGUACGGCCACCUCAUAAGGUUCCCUGAAGGACGCCGUUUGCAGGAGGUGAUGGAUGCGUUCGAGAGGAAAGGGUUCCCAGGGUGCGUGGGUGCGAUUGAUGGGAGACAUCUAUACAUCGAGAAGCCAAAGAACGAGCGGGCAGAAUGCUACUACGACCGCACGAGGCAGUUAUCGCUUGUGGCGCAAGUGGUGUGCGAUCACGAGUGCAGGAUCCAGGAUGUUUUCGUGGGGUGCCCUGGAUCGGUGCAUGACUCACGUGCCGUUCGCAUAUCGCACCCUUACAAGGAUGUGCAGGAUGGGCGUGGGAUAUUCCAUGGUGGCACAUCCUUUCUUCAUGACGGCACACCUGUCUGCCGCUAUGUUCUCGGGGACGCAGGUUACCCAUUGCUGCCUUGGCUGAUGACACCGGUUGGAGGGGAUGAGCGCACGCCCCAAGAGGUGAAUUUCGAUGAUUGCCACACGUCGGCAAGGAGUUGCAUCGAACGCACGUUCACACUUCUGAAGGGUGUGUGGCGAAAUUUCUUGAGGCGGCAAAUCGGCAACGUGAAGACGAUCAUGAAGGAGUUCAUGGCCGUCUGCAUCUUGCACAAUAUUAUGGUCGACAUGCGAAUCGAUGUCGACUUGGAUGACCUUGACUCGGACGACGACGACGAUCAAGCAAGCUGUGGAAACUUUCGUUGUCGACGACGUCCGCGUGUCCAGCAGGCUGUCCAGCAGCCCCUGAGGAACCGUCGGGACGGCACGUACGGUACCGCCGAGGGUAGGGUGGCGAAGGCGAGGCUCAUCGCGCGCGUCAAUCACCAUGUGCGGGUGCAUGGCCGACCACCUGCCAACCCCUGGAGACAAGCGCGAGCUGCGCCGUAAACACAAACAGGAAACGGCGACAGAAUGUUCU